UCCCUUGAUUAACCGAAAGAUAUGCUUAGCCACGAAAGUCGGAGUUGAAUAAAGAGAACAACCUCCUACAAUAUUAAUGCAGGAUCACAUCGCCUGAAUAUAGUAAUUCGCAGUUACACCAGCUUUGGGAUUUCCACAGAUGCACCUCACGAGCGAGGUAGUGACAGAGUAAAAUUCAUGAAUGAAGUUUAUAAAUGUAUAGUUUUGACGCUGAACAUACUAUUUCCUCAUCAUUAAGUGUCGCGUCAAAUCUGUGAAAACUCGGUGAAUUCUUGGUCUAUUGUAAAGGCGACGAUACAACAUGGUCAACAACAGGCGUGAAUCUUCACAACCAGAGCUAAGACGGUACAGCAUAUACCCAGACCGCAGAGUCCACUUCAAUGAGGCCUUAGAAUGGGAUGAAGAGACGGAAUCAACAUGGCAAUCAGGAAAUCAACUCAAUGGGACAUCGUAUCCCUACUCAGACUUUACGGCUAACCGAGAACCGUACCAGAGAAAGUACUCCGCCGCCCUCAAAGUACUGAAGCCGCUUCGACCCAGGUCUAAGGAUGGUAAAAUACCAAUAAACAAAGCCGGUUUCUUCUCAUAUCUUUUGGUCACAUGGAUGUCCAAACUGAUCUGGAAAGUCUUCCGCCAUCGUAACGAACAAUUGAAUGAGGAGGACAUAUGGACAUGUCCGGACGAGGAGAGCGCCAAUGUUAAUACGGAAAGAUUAGCAAGAUUAUGGAAUGAUGAAGUGAACAAACGUGGAAAAGAAAAGGCGUCAUUUCUCAGGGUGUGGCUGAAAUUUGCGAAGACUCGAAUCAUUGUCACCUUGGUUAUUAUAGCCAUUAAUGCGGUCUCCACAUUUUUAGAAUCGGGAUAUUUGUUGAAUCUCAUAGUACAAUAUCUCGAGUCAGAGGAGGAAAACCUGUGGUAUGGUAUUAGUCUAGUCGUCUGUGUAGCUGCUUGUCAAAUUGUGAGAGCAACGUCAUUUUGCGUCAUAAUAAUAUUUGGUGUUCAAACAGGCGUUCGCUUCAGAGCAGGAUUACUGGGACUAGCUUACGACAAAAUGUUGAGAUUGAAAUCUGUCAGAGGGAAGCAAUUAUCAGAGAUGAUCACUAUUUUUGGUGCCGAUGCUUAUCGCGUAUUUCUUAACAACGUGACGUUUGCAUACCUUUUGGCUCUUCCAAUCUACGUGAUUAUCGGCGCCAUUUACACGUAUUAUUUGCUGGGGCCUUGGUGCUUUGUAGCCAUCGGAAUAUUUGUAUUUUGUUAUAUCAUUCAGGCAAGAUUGACGUCCGUAGUUGCAUACUUACGAGUGAAAACUUUAAAGUUUACCGAUAAAAGGGUACGUAAAAUGACGGAGUUGAUCAACAGUAUGAAACUGAUAAAGAUGUAUGCAUGGGAGAAACCAUUCAAAAGCGCCAUUCAAGAUAUAAGAAAACACGAAAAGAAGUAUCUCUUUUUGUCGGCCAUUUUGAAUUCCAUAAGCACCGCCAUUAUUCCGGUCACCCCGACGCUGGCUUCUGUUGCCACCAUAGCUUCCUACAAAGCAGCCGGCAACGAACUGUCUGCUGCCACGGCGUUUGCGGUGAUUGGGACACUGAAUUUCCUGCGCGUGAUUGUCUCUUUUAUACCAUUUGCCACCAGGGCAUUGGGAGAAUCCAAAGUUAGCUUUGAAAGGAUGAAGCGUCACCUGAUAGCAGACGAGUACCAGGCCCCCUCAACAAACUGUUCUGACCCGUCCCUGGCGGUAGAGAUCACGGACGCUACCUUUAUAUGGGACCCCCCGGAAUCAACAGACCAAGACAAAAAGAAGAAACAGAAGAAAGAGAUAGUCUUGAAACCCUCAAGUCAACGAAGAGACACAAUUUAUCUUCAGAAUUUGAGUUUUCAGACAAAGAAGGGUCGAUUAAUUGGAAUAUGUGGACCAGUCGGAUGCGGAAAGUCCGCCUUUUUAUCAUCUAUUUUGGGAAGAAUAUCUAUGGCAUCUGGUCAUUUAGCAGUAAAUGGGUCUGUUGCAUACGCAGCUCAGCAAGCUUGGAUUUUCAAUGGCACUGUGCGAGACAACAUCUUAUUUGGGAAACCGUAUGAGCAGGAGAGAUAUCAGAAUGUAUUGUUUGUUUGUGGACUUCAACCGGAUCUUCUUCUUUUGGCAAAUGGCGAUGAAACCGAGAUAGGUGACAGGGGUACAAAUUUGAGUGGGGGACAAAAGCAGAGAGUGAGUCUUGCGCGCGCAGUUUACAGCGACGGCGACAUCUACUUGCUUGAUGACGUAUUGUCAGCUGUUGAUGUACACGUUGGCCGUCACCUCUUCCACAAUUGUAUCAAGAAGUUUCUGAAUGGUAAAACCAUCAUCUUUACAACGCAUCAGCUACAGUAUCUGAAACACUGUGACGAAAUAAUGGUCAUGGAAAAUGGAGAGUUCGUUGAACAAGGAAAGCAUGACGAUCUCAUAACACUGAAUGGAUACUACAGUUCCAUGAUGAAGCAAUUCCACCAAUCCACGGACAAUCCCACGAGAGCAACUAUUGAUGAUGUAAAGCGCGUUGAUGACGAAGACCAAGGCGCCACACCACAACAGAAGAAAACAGAAAAUGGAGUACAGAACGGAACAACGGGGAAGAAUCCGGAAAUAGGCCAACUUCAUAAAGAGAAAUCAUAUAAAGGAAAAUUGACCAAGUCUGAAGAAAUGCAGGUUGGCGACAUUACAUGGGGGACGUACUUUUCUUACGUGAACGCCAUGGGCGGAAUCUGUGUAGCCAUUUUUGUUAUCACCUGUAGCAUCCUCACUUCCGGUUCUGUAGUGUUCAGUGAUUGGUGGCUUAGUAUAUGGAUCAACACAUUCUAUACAAAUUCGGACAGUGAUUUUAAGAACUCGUCCAUUAUGCCAAAUAGUUCAACACAAUUCAAUACUACUGAGAUAAUGGCAACGACCAGUAUCAGUUUGUUUUCGAAUGAAACCAUACCAGUUGUUUCUGAAUCCUCUUCUGGACUUGAUUUUUAUCUAACGGUCUAUGUGUCAUCGAUGGGAAUUAUAAUUGUGAUGAUGAUUGCCAAAGGAUUUAUUGGAGCCACAUAUUAUGUUCGAGCGGCUUGUAGGCUCCACGAUAUUGUAUUGACGAACGUGAUGAAAGCGCCAAUGCGAUUCUUCGAUGCCAACCCACCUGGAAGAAUUCUUAACCGUUUUUCAAAAGACUUGGACGAAGCCGAUGUUUAUUUACCCCAACUUCAAGACACGUUCUUCCAAAUCGGCAACCAAGUCCUGUUAUCACUUAUAUCGGCCGUUGUUGUCUUACCUUGGAUUGCCAUAGCAAUAGUGCCUGUAGCCGUAUUCUUUUACUUCUUCAAAAUCGUGUCGUCUGUCUCGGUGCGUCAAUUCAAGCGUUUGGAAAACAUAGCGCGGUCGCCACUUCUUGGUCAUGUAAACACUUCAGCUCAGGGCCUUACAACGAUCGUAGCAUUCAAGCAGCAAGCAAACAGUAUUCAAAGCAUCCGGAAUUUUACGGACGUUUCGACUGUAGCCACCUUUCUGAUAGACAUCGCAAUGCGGUGGAUCGGAGUGCGGCUGGAUCUUGCGGCGUGUUGUAUCACCAUAGCCACCGCUCUAGCUCUGAUUCUCACCAAGGGAUCCACGGACGCCGCUCAGGCGGCCUUAGCGCUUACUCUCUGUAUUAGGGUUGUAUCAGUGAUGCAGUUCAUGAUACGAAUUUUGAACGAUGUUGAGGCAAGAUUUACAUCAGUCGAACGUCUUCAUCAAUAUGAAAAGGACUUGGAAUCGGAGAGUCAGACUUUCGCCGAGACCCCUGCGGAGAGCUGGCCAAACGAGGGCCGGGUUAUCUUCUCCAACGUUCAGAUGAAGUACAGAGACGAUAUGGAACCCGUUCUGAACGAAAUAAAAUUCGAUAUUCAUCCUCGUCAAAAAGUUGGAAUUGUUGGUCGCACGGGAGCAGGCAAGUCCUCACUAGCUGCUGCAUUGUUCAGGUUGAAUGAGUUAUCCGGGGGACAUAUCUACAUAGACGGGGUGGACAUUGCAAAGAUUUCUCUGGAACUAUUACGAUCCAAGCUCUCCACCAUUCCCCAGGAUCCAGUUUUAUUUGCCGGUACAAUGCGAUACAAUCUUGACCCCUUCGGACAAUAUACUGAUGACGUCAUGUGGUCUGCAUUAGAAGCUGUUCAUAUGAAAGAAAAGGUCAAACAAUUCGAAAAUGAAUUAGAUUACAUGAUAGAAGAAAACGGAGAAAACUUUUCAGUUGGAGAAAGGCAGUUGAUAUGCUUAGCCAGAGCUAUUUUGCGUAGAAAUAAAAUUCUAGUACUGGACGAGGCCACGGCGUCCAUUGAUACAGCAACAGACGCUAAGAUCCAGCAGACGAUCAGAGAGAGUUUCGCAGACUGUACGGUCCUCACAAUAGCUCAUCGCCUCAACACCGUCCUACAUUGUGACGUCAUCAUUAUUAUGGAGGCUGGAAAGGUGAUGGAGAUGGGCUCCCCACAGGAUCUGUUGUCGGACCCCAGAUCUUACUUCAACACCAUGCUCUCUGCCCAGACCGUUAAGACGCCGUCCCCCUAGUGAAAUCGUCAGACUGUGGUCUCUAUAGGACAGACUUGUGUUCAUUCAUUAAUUAAAAUGUCAGUCAUCCAAACCGCAUUUGUUCGCGUUUGUUAGACAAGUACUAGGCGACAACAUUAAAAUACAAAUGAACCUAUUGUUUUGUGAAUUGAAAAACUACUCUCUCUCUCUCUCUCUCUCUCUCUCUCUCUCUCUCUCUCUCUCCUCUGAAUUUUUGGGCUUUUUCCUAUCUUUUUUCUCUUAAAAUAAAACCUGCCAAAUUGAAGAAGAAAAACUGAGCUAACUUGAAACAAUAAGUUGACAAAAGAAUUUUACAGAUGGGUAUGUUUAUUUUUUUUAAAAUGAAACAAUAAAAUUGACGAUCAAAGAACUUAUCAUU